GAGCAGAGCAGCUGAGCAGACUAUGCGUAGCGUCGUUUGGUAUCCUAGCAUCUAGACGAGCGCAUAGGUUAAAAAUAAACAAAUUUCUUUUACGAAUGUGUAUACAAAAAUAAUUGUCGAGCCACGCAGACAGUGCACAAGCAUCGGGUGGCAUUUAAGCCACGGUCAAAUUUAAGCAAAAACGUAAAGGGUGGUUCAUAUAGAAUAAAAUCAGUGAGAACCAUAAAAAUCGGUGAUAACUAUAUUGAUACCCGGUGCAGUAUCACAAGUGUAAUUUACCAUGAAUAAUCCCGAACGCGAGGAAAUUCCAAAGCUGCAAGAAAAAUAGUGAAACAAUGCCGACAGUCGUAAAUUCAUCACUGACGUACGAAAUCCUGAUGUACCUCAAUUCUUUCUAUUUCGGUAUGUUUGCUGUAUGUGAAUUGGGAAUGGGACUGUUCAAAGCCACCAGCUUACCAUCACCAAGCUCUGGGACAACAAUAACGGAAUUUUCACUUCUUCUAUUUCUCAUUGCAACCGAGGGUGGACGUGUCUACCUUGGAAGAAAAGGAAAUUUGACUGAACGAGGACUGUUAAUACUACUGGGUAUUGCAUUAACAAUACCCAGUGCCCUGGCAACCCUUUAUUUUCUAUUCUGGCAGAAUUACGUUCUUAGACUAGAAGUCAUCCUCUGUAGUAUACAAUUGGUACUGCUUACGUCUGAACUUGUCAUCUCUGUGAUGUGCCUUAUUGCGGUUUAUCGCCCUCCUCCCCCGGAAGAGUAAACGGAAAAAUGGUUCCAUGCACUACUUGUCCAUUGAUUGAUUGAUUUAUUUAUACAUUUAUUUGAUCCUUCACUAUCUACAUUGUAAUUUUCAAACAACUUGAACCAUGAAUUUUUUUGUAAAAAAUAUGCAUAAAAAGUCAAGGAUAUGCAAUAAAUUUUAAUGCAUGAACAAGACGAAAGAGCAUAAUUGAAAGUUUGAACAAGAGAAAAACUCAUAUCGAGAAAUUCUUAUAGAAAAUGUUUGCCUAUCAGAUGUGAAAAUAUAAAAUUCCCUCUCACUCUCGGUCUCUUUUUUUCUAUCACUAUGUUUUUUUAGGAUUAUUAAAUUCAAUACAAUUUAAUCAAUCCGACUUUCGGUUUAUUCACUUACAUCUGCAUUCAAUCAUUCCAUACCAUGCGCGCAUAUAUUACUACACAUCAAACAUUUCUUCAGUGAGGAAGAGAAGAAUGCAGAUAAAAUACGGAAUAAUGCUUUUAUAAAUUCGAUGGUGUAAAAACAUCAAGUACUUCAUUAAUGUUUCCAUUGCUUCAUUAUUCUCAUAAAUUUAUUUAUAUUGUAAUUAACAUUACUCACUGUCAUCAAUUGUCAUAUGAUUGAAACUUGAAUUGCUCAUGUUCAGAAGCAUGUACACUCUUGAUCGUCUACUCCUUUAAUUUUAAUGGUAUUGUUAGUUGAUUCGAAAGGAUUUGAGGAUUACUUUAUACAUAAUUACAUAUAAUAUCAACAUAUUUUUAUUAUGUUUUUCUUUCACCUUUUACGCCUUUAUCCACAGUUAGUCCUGCACGUUCAGUUAGACAUAUGUGGUUACAGUGAGUUUGGGUAGAAUUUUUAAUAACAUUUCAUAUAAUUUAAUAAAUGAUAAUGCCCUGUAUCUUAAAAUAAAUAAAGUAUCUACUCUUAUGGUCGAAUGUAUGUAAA